AUGGCCGGCUGGGGCGGCUGGGGCUGUGGAAAUGAGUGGGGUGGCAAUGACUGGAAGCGGAAACGCGACAGCGAACCAAAAUGGAAGAACAACGAGCACCUGGACUAUGCAAAUUGCGGCCUGGGGAGCUAUGAAUCUGAGGGCGAAUGGGAGGGGAAGAGCUUCUACUGUGCCCGUUGCGCUGCGAAAUAUGCAGUGCAGGGGCAUAAGGACGACUACCACGAGGACCAUAGCCGCUCUGCAGAACCUUGGGUGGCCACUUACAAAGAGAAGUGGAAGGAUUUGAUCGAGAUGGAGUGGCAAGAGGAGCUGCAAGUUGUGGAGGAUCGUUUGAAGAAUUGGCCCUUGGCGCGCCUCGUGGGGCAGGGCUUUUGCAUCACCGAUUUGGAGGCGCGGAGACAAGGAGCUUUCUUCGGCAAGGCCAAAAUCGUCUUCUCCAAACAGAACCUGCCGAGGCAUCAAUUCUCCGCGGGGGACGAAGUCAUCGUUUCCCUGGGCAAUCCCUUGGAUAAGAAAGCCUGGAAAGGUGAAAUCAUUGAGCUGGGGAUGAGUCGCAUUGCCAUCGUGGCGGACAGUCCUCCAUGGGAGCUGGGCGGACGCUGGAGACUGGACUGCGGAGCCAAUAAGACGGCCUAUGAGAGGACCAAGUCUGCUUUGGGCUAUGUGAGUGGUGCCAAAUACAAAGCUUCAGAAAUGCGGCGCCUAGUGCUCAACGAGGAAGGUCCGUUGUUACAAGAACUGCAGGGAGAUCAGCUGGCAGACUCCAGUGAAGCCCUCAACGAGUUCAACGAGCUCAACGCGUCGCAGGAGGCGGCGAUCUGCGCGGUGUCCAGCUUCAACUUGGGGCUAAUCCAAGGGCCACCCGGCACAGGCAAGACCACCACCACCUGUCAGAUGAUCCGCCGCAUGGUUGAGAGGCGCAAGGAGGAAGGUUUGAGAUCUUGUGGCAUCCUUGUUGCUGCUGAUAGCAAUGUGGCAGUGGACCAGUUGCUGUCCGGUCUCAUACGCUUGGGGGUGAAGGCCCUUCGCAUCGGCUUCCCGUCCAAAGUGACGGCAGAGUUGAGACAGCACACCCUGCUGGCACAAGCUGAGGAGCAUCCCUUGAAUGCCAAGAUCGAGGAGACGCGAGAUGCUUUGAGUCAGGUGAAGAACGCAUUGUACUCAGGGCAGCUGAAAGGCAAAGGGAAAGGCUUAGCACAUCGUGACAUCUCCUUGCACGUCAGGGAUAUCCAGAAGUUCGAGCAGCAGGUCAGCGACGAGCUGAUCGACGCAGCAGAAGUGGUGUGUUCCACGCUGAUUGGCUGUGGUUGCGAUGCUUUGCUCCAAAGUUCCUUCGACACGGUCAUCAUCGAUGAAGCCUCGCAGGCCACGGAACCGCGAUGUUUGGUGGCCUUCCAGAAGGCCAAAAAGCAAUUCAUCCUCGUCGGGGAUCAGAAGCAGCUGCCCCCAGUGGUGCUGUGUCAAGCUGCGGCCGAGAAGGGUCUGCAGGAUUCGCUAUUUGAUCGGCUUUUAAAUUCACCCAGCCUCUUCAAUCGUGAGAUUAACAUGUUGCAGGUGCAAUACCGCAUGCAUCCGCUGAUUCGAGAGUGGCCCAGCCUUCAAUUCUAUGGUGGAAAGCUGCAGGAUGGCCUUCCCCUGAGCUCUUUUUCGAAGAAGUUGAUGAGUCAACCCUUCCGUACGCAGUCAUUCCGCCGCCCAGCGCCCAUCAUGUACCUCGACACUUCCUCGCCCGAUGCAGCCAACUUUGUGCAACACUUCGGCGGAACAAUGUGCGCCAACCUGGAAAGCCAGAACAACGAGGGGAGCAAAUACAAUCUGCUGGAAGUGGAAUUGGUAAAGCUUGUGCUGAAGACCCUGGUUGAGGCCAUGUUCCUGACCUUGGCUGAGUGUGGGGACGAGACCGGACGCAUCGUGGCGUCGUGUGUUGGAAAUGUCUUGUGGGUUCUGCAGCCAGCCAAGACAGACUCGGGCAAGAAGCCGGCAACCAAACUGUCUGACUUCGAUGCCAUGUAUGGGUGCAGCAAAUACAAGUGGUGUCAGACUGGUUGCAAGGACUGCAACCCAGCGAAGACAUUCAGAUGGGUUUCGCACCAAGCUGAUGAACCAACUCUUCACCAAGGUUGGAUUUGGUACAUGGUUGAUGGUACCGCCGGAGCAGCCAUGCCUAUGUUCCGAAACUGCCUCGGACAAAGCGCUGCUGAGGGUGAGAUUUACAAGGUGGAACGCGAAGUGGAACUGGAGGUUUGUUGUAUUUGCUUGGAUUCCUUAUGUGCUCAGCCCGUGGCUGCCCUCCUGUCACUGGAAAGUGACACGACCUCCAGCUGUUUGCACUAUAUGCACGCAGCCUGUGCGGAGCGACUGCGUCCCAGGCGCUGCCCCAUUUGUCGAAGCGCCUUUGACGCCCUCUCAACGCCCAUCAGCAAAGAGACCCUGCAGGAGAUGAAUCCUUCAGAUAUUGUGGCUGGGCUCUGUGUCCUGUCCGGCCACCACGGCCGCGCGGGCACCGUGCCGCCGCGCGUGGCGGUGCCGUUGUUGGCCGCGCUGCUACCGCUGCGGCAGACCACAGUGCAGAAGUGGGUGGAGAAGGAGCUGGUGAACAGCGAGGUGCUGAACACCAAAGCCGUGGAGCAACUGCUGCGGCGGGCGGGGCUGGGGCGAGGCAACGCGAGGUCCGAAGGGACCAGCGCGUCCACGACGUACACAGCGCAGCUGCGGAUCUUUCGGAGGAGCCGAUGGCUGGCCUUGAAGCUGAUGGGAGCAUUGCACCUGGGCUGCUGCGGAAUGGCUGCGGGUGUUCUGCUGGGAUGUUUCGGCGCCCUGCCCAACCUGAGGCUUCGCUUCGUUCGCCACACGGAUGAUUUGGCCGAUUUGGACUCUUGGCAAGCCUUGCUGCUCUACGUGGUCUCCGUGGUUUUUAUGGAAUUGGUGGUGCUGAGCCUCCGCGAUCCGAGAUGGGUGAAGCGUGGCCUGCGCUACGGCGCCCUGCUGGGUGCAGUGGUGGGAUGGCUCAAAGCGCUGCAGGUGGUGGAUCCCGAUCGACAUAGUUUUCGGCGCGUCUUUCAGAUGGGUUUGUCAGGGCAAACUACCUGGCCCCGGCAGUGGCGCCUCGUGGAUUCCAUUACCUCGGUGGAGAAGGUGGACAUUUUCGCCGUGAAUCGCUGA